AUGGAAGCUGGAACACAGUUGGACACCAACUACUUUUAUUUCCAAGGUCAGAAGCAUGAGUAUCAGAGGGACAUGUUCUUGGAGAUUGAUCCGACUGACAUGUUGAGUCCCGAUCACACCACAAAGAUAUGGAUUAGAAUCCCUCCAGGAUAUGGUCAAGGUUCUUUCCCCGUCUGGUUCUCAAUUGAGAAUCAAUACAUCAACUUGACAUCACCGCUCAACGAGACAUUCGUUCAAUACUACCGACCCAGUAUUUACUCUGCAACACCACUUCUCUCUGAUGGUGGAUGGAUCACAUUGACUGGUGCCAACUACUACAACACUUCUACAUUGCUCAAUGUUACCAUCGGAGUGAUGUCGUGUACCAAUGUAAUCAUGUUGGUACCGCAUUACAAAGUUGCAUGUUACAUCCCCGACCCAGUUGGGGAGAUUUCCAGACCUAUAAAUAUCACAGUCGAACUUGGUGGACAGAUCAAUGAUCAAUUCGAGUACCAGUUCAGUGCUCCACAGGUACUCAGCGCCAACUCUGGAUUUGCCAACACUACCACAUUGAUCACAAUCAAUGGAAACAACUUUGGAACCAGACGUCUAAGUGUAACAAUAGGUCCCAACAACGAACCUUGUUAUAACUUGACUUACAUCACCUCAUCAAGAAUCCAAUGCUACUUUGAUGGAGUCACACCUCAGAUUGGCAACACAACCAUGAACAUAACAGUCACCUCUGGUUUGCUAUCGGGUAUCAAUCAAGUAUUCUACUAUAAUCCCAAACAAUGUCCAAUGACCAAUGGCAAACAAUGUAAUGACAAGGGUGCAUGUGUACUUGGAACAUGUCGUUGUGAUGAAGGAUGGACUUUAUUAGAUGAUUGUUCCAAACCUGGUACACCUGGAGGUGUUCCAACUAUCAUCAAUGGCACCGUGGUCAACCCAUCCAAUGUCAACUUCACCAGCGCCAUCAUAUACCUUCGAGAGUCUGAUCAGAUCCAGAAUACAGUGCGAUCAGUCAAGAUGAGUGAUGUCAAAUGGACCUCAAACAAUGUGACUGGUGAGUUGAAUGGUACCCUGUCAGAGAACGUCGAUCCCUUCUACAUCUUGAUCAACAUAACAUUGAUCCAACAGGCUAGAGAGAUUGAGUUUGCUGGCGAGACACUAUAUCUCGAGCCCAACUCUGUCAAGUUCACCAUCUCGAUACAUCAAUGGAAGUUCGCCAGCACUCUCAACACUUUGGAGCUCAUCUUUGAGUCGAGGACAGCCAAGCAGGCGGAUGAUGGCUGCUCGAGUCGCGCCACCACCGUCAACACAUCAGACAACCAACUCUUUAUUGAAGCAGGUACAUCUGUAUUCAUUGGAUCAUUCGCCUCACAUAUGUAUGUCGAUGGUAGGGUAGUCACGUCCAACCAGUAUCUUCUCGACGCUACCGAUCCCAUUCUUCAAGAGUUGGUGUCGCAGUCCAAGGACUCUGACUUUGUUGUGGCGGCAUCCAUCCCCAUCCCACACUUUAACGAUCAUUGUCUGAUCGAUCCAACAUUCCAAUCAUUGAUUGUACCGAGUGAGACCAACUGUGGAUUAGAUCGUUGGAAGAUUAUCUUAAUAGCUGUACUAUGUGGUGCAUUUGUUGUAUGUGUGAUCACCGCUGCAUCCAUCUUCCUCUACAAACUUAGUUAUAAAUAUGUUUGCUUGAUGUGA